GAUACGCAUACAUAAAAAGAAAAUAAAAAAAAACACCCCAGAAACAUCCCGUUGCAUUUGACACGAGCACCCAAAAUGGUGACGAACACAAGCUUUGAUGGGGCGGAGAAAGCCGUUUCGGAGCCUAAUAGGGACGGCGAUGACCGCACGAGCGGCGGCGGCAGCGGUGAAGGGCAAGGACAAGGGGCAGCGUUGAAGAAGGGGCCGUGGUCGGCGGGGGAGGAUGCGGUGCUGAUCGAAUACGUGAAGGCGCACGGUGAGGGUAACUGGAAUGCCAUCAGGAGGAAGACCGGGUUGAUGCGGUGUGGGAAGAGCUGCAGGCUGAGAUGGGCAAACCACCUGAGGCCGAACCUCAAGAAAGGUGCCUUCUCGCCCGAUGAAGAGGCCAAGAUCAUCCAGCUUCAUGCUCGGCUCGGCAACAAGUGGGCUCGCAUGGCCGCUCAGUUGCCCGGAAGGACCGACAAUGAGAUCAAAAACUUCUGGAACACAAGAAUGAAGAGACGUCAGAGAGCAAAUGAACCUCUCUAUCCUCAGCAAGUUCCUCAGCAAGUUCAACCGGAAGCGACCGUCGCCUAUGAUAUUAAUCUCCAGCCGCACCCCGUCGCUACUUCCUCCCUGCAAUCUCUACUUGCCCCACCACAACAACAACCGACUCUCUCUCCUAAUGUUUAUCACUCACUUGAUCCUCUCUCAUACCCCAAACCCUAUCAUCACCCGGAGAACAUCAUCAACGGCAUCUUCACCGCGCCCUCGGUCGUUCCUCCUCAUUCUUUAUUGUCGCCGCCCCCAUUCCUAUUCGACAUGGGGGCUUCCGAUCUGAACCUCAUCCUUGACGCAUUCAACAUUGGAGUCACUCCAGUUGAGCUCAAGCCCAUCAUCACCGACAGGCUGAGAGAGAACAGCAUGGCGGCGGCAGCAGCAACGACGGGGGUGACGGCCAUGAGCAACUCUUCUAUGAUGGGUGGCGAUUACAUGAUGGGAGCUUCUGCUGCUGGUGCCGCCUCCAGUUGCUGCUCGAACAAUUUCGAGGCUACACCAACGUCAGCGGUGUCGUCGAUGACAGCACCAAACAACAGUGGUUUACUAGACGCCUUCUUCGAGGAAGCUAGAGCUGCGUCGGCGCAGAAAGUGAAGGGAAGUAUGGUGGGUGGAGUGAAUGUGGGAAGAGCUGAGAGGGGAAGCCAUCAGGGCAUGGAGGCCAACCAGCGGUGGGAGAAUUUUUGCUCCGCUCCUUCAUCUCUCAAUGGAAUGACAAGACCUUUGGAAGAGGUCGAUGACGAUCUCUCAAGUCUUCUCAUGAACUUCCCCUCAUCUGCAAUCUCGGAGCCUGAAUGGUUCCGGAGCGCCUACUCAACCCCGCAGCCAUCCGGCUUGGACAAUGGUUGUGUCCUGAUCGACGACCCCAGAGGCCUGCCGCCAUUGCCCACUCCGGUUUCGGCUAUGGCAGCCACUGAACUGGAAUUGAACUUGUGCACACCACGGUGGAACAACAUGCCCGGCAUCUGUUGACAGCCAAGGUGGACUCGGAAGCAAUCAAAUCUAAUAUUUACUAUAGUAUUCUAGUGCUCCAUGGAGGGCCUGAUAGGGGUUGACACGUGGCCCAUUUGGUGUCCGCCACCUCACUUCCCUUAGCCUUUUUUUUUCCUAUUAAUUAUUAAGAAAUGACUUAUUAUCAAUAAAACAUAAUUAUCUAUAAUGGGGAUGCCACUUCACCUCAUGUUAUUUUACCU